ACACACAGCAGCGCUGAGUGCAGCCUGCCUUGCCAGGGUCGGACUGAAGCUCAAGAAACGACAAGGAGAAGCGAACAUCUGGCCGCACAUCAUGAAAGGACGUCCGGGCUUCUAAAGAACACGACGAACCGGGCGGAAAUAAAUGUUAUGAAGGAAGAAUGGAGUUCCCAGACCAUAGCCGCCAGUUGCUGCAGUGUCUGAGUCAGCAGCGUCACCAAGGUUUCCUCUGUGACUGCACUGUUCUUGUCGGGGAGGCUCGAUUCAAAGCGCACAGAGCCGUGCUGGCCUCCUGCAGCAUGUACUUCCAUCUCUUCUACAGGGACCAGCUGGACAAAAGGGACGUUGUGCAUCUCAACAGUGACAUUGUGACAGCCCCGGCUUUCAGUCUGCUCCUUGAAUUUAUGUAUGAGGGGAAGUUGGAUUUCAGCUCUCUCCCGGUGGAGGAUGUCCUGGCAGCAGCCAGUUACCUCCACAUGUAUGAUAUAGUGAAAGUGUGUAAAAGCAAGCUUAAAGAUAAAGAACUCUCCCCUCUGGAUGAAAAGAUCAGUGAGGGCUUGGGGCUCGGCUGUGUGGACAGAGAAAAAUAUUUGGAAAGCCAGCUGCACAGUAAGCAGCUCAUCCGGCGACAGCCCCAGACACAGUCUCAAGGGCUCCUCAGGGCCCCCCUGAAACAAGAGUUUGACAUAGACAACAGCGAAGUCAGGCUGGCUGUCACAGAUUGUGAUAGGUCUGUGCGGAGCAGGCAGAAGGCGAACGGUCACUCUGGCAGGUCCCCGGACCUUGUAGGUGUCAAUUAUUUGUCAGCAGAGGCCGAGCCCUGCGUCCAAACAGCUGGAAAAACAAAAGCUGAUGUCAGUAGUUCCACCGUAUCGCUGUCCCAGAGGUCCCGGGCUUCAGAUGACAUGGACUGUGCGCUGGAUUUGUCUUUCAAGCCUCUGUCUAGCAGAGAUCCCUUACACCCCUCCUACGUCUCGGGACAGCUGGCCCUCGACAGCCAGCAGCAGGGCACUGAGCCACUUGUUAAAGACGAACACGACUUGCUGUCAGAGCAGGAGGACAGUGAGCCGAUGAGCCCUGAGAGCCAGCGCUUUGGGAAUAGUGCCAGGAGCUCAGUGGUGACAGGGUUCGCUGCCCUCUUCCCAGGCAACAACGGAUCCACAGCCGCCCUGCUCUCCCAGGAGGAGGACCUGAUGGACGAGGAGGGGGAGGCCUGCAGGGGGAGGGAGGGCGCCCCGGGCCGGGAGGUAGAGGAGAGGAGGGGGAGGCUGCUGGGGGACAGCGAGGAGGAGGAGGAGGACGACCUGGCCUCUUCAGACAUCUCCACCUCCAGCGGGGUGCUCCUGCCCCCGGGGCAACAGGUGUGUGUGUGCCCCCUCUGCAGCAAAGUCUUCCCCAGCCCCCAUGUGCUGCAGCUGCACCUCAGCUCGCACUUCAGAGAGAAGGACGUGGCUCGCUCCAAGCUGUCCCCUGAUGGCUCGGUCCCCACCUGCAUGCAGUGCAACAAGACCUUCUCCUGCAUGUACACCCUGAAGCGCCAUGAGCGCACACACUCUGGCGAGAAGCCAUACACCUGUGGCCAGUGUGGCAAGAGCUUCCAGUACUCCCAUAACUUGAGUCGGCAUGCUGUGGUUCACACACGGGAGAAGCCUCACGCCUGUAAGUGGUGCGAGCGGCGCUUCACCCAGUCUGGGGACCUCUACCGCCACAUCAGGAAGUUUCACUGUGGCCUUGUCAAGACUCUCGCCAUUGGAUAAAACCCCUCUCACCAGUGCCAUGACACGAGACAGAAUGUCUUUUCAUACACUGAAUAAUACUACUGAACACUUUCCCCAUUAGUACACACACAUGUUGGCAGUAUAUUUUGGAGACUUCUCUUUUUGGAUUCUACCCCAUUUGGCAUUUCUCAAGUUAAAGAUGUAGUAAAGUGCUUCCUGUGCUGGACUGUGACACAGGCCUUCAUGAGGGUCAGAAGCAGGCUGUUAGGAUACACAUGCAUGGUGCUGUGAAACCCAAGCUGGAUCUGUGUUGAUGAAGGUGAACAAAUGUAGAUGAUGCACUUGUUUGUUUCUGUCUUGUUUGUGUCAAUCUGUUGACUUUAUUUUUGAGGAGUAUAUUUGCUGAGAGAAAAAGCGUCCCAUUUUCGAGCCUAUGGGCAAAUGGGUGAUAGCUAAUGCUAACAUAUGUUAAUACAAUCGUCAGAGUGAGUGAGACUUUUAUUUGUGCACAUGGGAGAUCAGAACCGUCCGUAAGUAGCAAUAUAUGAUUUUUUUUUAAACUCCUACAUUAUUAAUAUUAUUAUUAUUAUUAUUAUUUAUUUUAUGGGGAUUUAUUUAGUCCUUAACAAGUAUCAUAAAGCAGCAAAACUAAUGAAGAUUAACUACUGGAAGUAUAACUAUUUUUUAUGAAAGUAGAAUUUUUUAUUUGGUUGAAAUGAAGUUGGAGACAGUUUUAUGUUGUUUAUAACAAGAGGCAAGCAGACCAUCAUAUCCCCAUAUUUCUAAUUCUUUCUGCCUUGAGGAGAGACAGCACGUCUUCAGUUUCUAAUGUGAGUGAGCUCAUAUCAACGGGAUGGCCUUCUAAUUUGCUACUUAAAAAUAAAUUGUAUAAUCAGAGGAAGGAAGUUAAAAGCUAAUGCUCGUAACACUGGUGCCUACUGAAAUUCUUAACACUUCACCUGAUGUACUUACUUAAACGAGAAUGAGCUGUAUCACUAUGCCUUCUUGUCAAAUUCAGUGAGUUUUCAGGCAUUUUGAAAUAAUCUGGAUUACACUCCACAUACCAGGUGGUAACAAAGAUUAUUGUCCACUCUGGAAUGCCUUUUUAUCCACGAGCGUCCUUAACUGAAUAAUUAACAGGAAUGUACUAAAAGAACCUAAAGCAAGCUCAAAUACAUUUUGUAUUGUUUGGGUUAAAGGCAACUAGUUUCCAGUGAAUUACCUUGUUAUUUCCUGGUAUGACAUAAAGGGCAAACCCUCAGCAGGCAGGAAGGGAGACAGGUGGAUACUCAGCGCUUUGUUGUUCAUCAAAGCUGAGCUCCAGGUGCCAUUCAGCUCAAUCUACUGACUUCUUUCUUUCUUUGAAUUAACCUUUUCACAUUAUCAUAUCCUCUUACUGUAUGUGUGUGUGUGACUACUGAUGAAGCUGGAGCCUUUAGUGAUGCUGUCCUUUUCAAAAAAGAAUCUUUCAAGUCUGUUAACAUAGAUGCUUUCUGGAUUCUUAGGGGGCAUAGCACUAAAAGUUCAUGAUAUAUUGUCUAAUCUGUCCUGAGAAGACUUGAUCAGAAUUUAUUUAUUAGUUUGGUUCAGGGUUUACUGUAGGUGUACUUCUUAUUUUCUAUAAGCUUGAAAAGACGCCGCGUCUUGCCUAGUGAUCUUGGUACUCAUCAACUGGUAUUGGGGCUGUCUGUUCAUUUUUUUUUCUCCGUGCAAAUCGAGUUACUGUAAUUGUAUUUUAAUAUACCGUGUAGAAAGCUUAAGAUUUGUCACAUGGAACAUAGAGAAGCACUUGUUUUAAGCAUGCAUAUAGUUUCAACACUAUUGUCUAGGCUGCUAUUUCUUACUAUAUGUAUAUUUAAUGUAAAUAUAUAUUCUAUUUAUCAAACUGUUUUUGUUUUUUUUCCGUGUUACAACACAGAGUCAGGUGUCUUAUUAAGACUGCAGUCUCUUAAAGUGUCACGUCUUCCCCAGGGGAGUCCUUUUCCAUAUUUAAGAGCAGUUAAUACUGCUCUGACUGCUGUUCUGCCACAGGAAACAGUUGUUCACAAGCGCGGCCACACCGAUACGGCAUUAGUUACCUAUAGAAACCAGACAAUACAGGCAUUGUCCCCCCCCCCCCCACCACCACACCAC